GCACUACGAGAACAGCAGCAGCAGCAGCAAUCACGUGGUGGUGGGCCGGCGGUGACGUCAGCAUGAGGCGGAAGGCGGCGGCGGAGGGGAAGCAGCACGGACCAUGCUGUGUGUGGCGCUGCUGAGGCAGCUGCGGGAGUCUCACCGCUUCCUGCUCUCCGCCAUGAUGAACAAAUGAACGCACGGGGAAUGAAAUUUAAGUUCCAAAAAGGGGAGAAAGUUCUCUGCUUCGAACCAGACCCGACUAAAGCCAAGGUGUUGUACGAUGCCAAGGUUGUUGAUAUUGUUGUUGGCAAAGAUGACAAGGGCAGGAAGAACCCUGAGUAUCUGAUCCAUUUUAAUGGUUGGAAUAGAAGUUGGGAUAGAUGGGCUGCAGAAGACCAUGUUCUUCGUGACACUGAUGAAAAUCGGAGAUUACAAAGAAAGUUGGCAAGAAAAGCCGUGGCUCGCAUCAAAGAUGGCAGGAAAGCACUGUUGGAACGUACUGAGUCUGUGAGCAGCCCUAAGCAAGGGUACAUGCGUCGUCUUUAUAUGUUGACAUUGCGGUCAGGUCUGGAAGCUGCAAAUAGGAGAAGGAAAGGUAGAAAGAAGAGACGGUGUAGGCUGCCUGGGGUAGACUCUGUUCUUAAAAGUCUUCCUGCUAAUGAAAAAGAAGACAACGAUGAUAAUACACUAAGUAGUUCAUCAGAGGACAGCGAUGAAGGGACGGAUGAAGAAAUAAAAAGCGAGGAAAGUGACUUUGAAGACAAGGCAGAAAUGAAAGAAGAACCAGAAAUUCAUUCAAAACGGGAAAUGGAAGAAAAAAACAUAGUUAUAGAGAUUCCUGAAAUCUUGAAAAAGAAGCUAGAAGAGGAUUGCUAUUACAUAAAUAAGCGCAAACGGCUUGUUAAACUGCCUUGUCAGACCAACAUUAUUACCAUCCUGGAGUCUUAUGUGAAACACUUUGCUAUCAAUGCAGCGUUUUCAGCAAAUGAAAGAAUCCGACAUCAUCAGACCACUUCCAAUAUCAACAUGAAUCUUCUCUAUAUUCCACCAGAGAAAAAUGUCGAACUUUGCAAAGAAAUGGUGGAUGGCUUAAGAAUUACAUUUGACUUCACACUCCCACUAAUUCUUCUGUACCCAUAUGAGCAAGCGCAAUAUAAGAAGGUGACAUCAUCUAAAUUUUUUCUUCCGAUCAAGGAGAUUGUAUCUAUUGGUAAUAGAAACCAAGAGGAAGUAUCGCCAAGUCCUCCACUCUUAAACCCACCAACUCCACAGUCCACAGACAGCCUGCCAACAACAGGAGAGUCUGCUACACCUAAAAGGCGGCGAACAGAGCCGGACAUUUUACAGUCUUUGAGACGCUCAACACGCCACAGUACAAGCUGUGAUAGGAUGUCUGAGAGUAGCGCUUCUCCACAACCCAAGCGCCGGCAUCCAGAGACUCCAACAUCUAUGCCAAAGCUGUUUCUUCACCUGGAGAAGAAAACACCUGUUCAUAGUGGUUCCUCAUCACCAAUAACUUUAACGCCUAGCAAAGAGGGGAGUUCUGUGUUCUCUGGACUUGAAGGUCGGCGAAACAAUGAACUGAAUGAGGUUCUGUCUUGGAAGCUGAUGCCAGAGAAUUACCCUCAAAGUGAUCAGCCGCCGCCUCCUUCUUAUAUAUAUGGUUCGCAACAUUUGCUACGCUUGUUUGUUAAACUUCCAGAAAUAAUGGGAAAAAUGUUCUUUGCUGAGAAAAAGGUGAAAGUUUUGCUAAAACACUUUGAACUUUUCCUAAGGUUUCUUGCAGAGUAUCACGAUGACUUCUUUCCAGAGUCUGCAUACGUGGCUGCUUGUGAGGCCUAUUACAGCACCAAAAAUCCGCGUGCUAUUUACUGAAAUGACUACCCAUUCCAAUUUUUCUCCAUGAUUCAUCCACUUUGUGAACUACUUGGAUGCCACAUAAUUUUUGUUGUACAUUUUGAGAGGGUUUUUUUUAUGUGGAUCUAAAAAUGGACUUCAAAAAGAGCAUGUACAAAACAACAUCUCCGAGGAAUUAAGACUUUUUCAACACUUAAAGGCAAGAGAAAUAUCUACCCGGAUACUAUGUUAUUGCAACUUGUCAAGUCGCCACAGUUCUGUUAUGGUUUGGUCUUUGGAAAUGUCUUGUUGACUUUUGUGUUCUUUCUUAAAUAAAAGUUGUGUUGAUUUAAAAUUA